UUUUUUCAGAGUAUCAUUCCUUCUUCAGCUGUUAAACGAAUCGAAUUCGAUUCUCAAUUUUCCGCCGACCUUUGUUCAUUCAAUCAAAUUCCGAUGGCACCAAAGUCCGAUAAGAAGCCCGCCGAGAAGAAGCCAGCCUCCGACAAGCCGGCCGAGGAAAAGAAAACCGUUGCAGAGAAAGCUCCGGCGGAGAAGAAGCCCAAGGCCGGUAAGAAGCUUCCAAAGGAAGGCGGGGCUGCUGCCGGAGACAAGAAGAAGAAGAGGACGAAGAAGAGCGUAGAAACGUACAAGAUCUACAUCUUCAAGGUGCUGAAGCAAGUUCAUCCAGACAUCGGUAUUUCCAGCAAGGCCAUGGGGAUCAUGAACAGCUUCAUCAAUGAUAUCUUCGAGAAACUCGCUCAAGAGUCAUCUAAGUUGGCUCGUUACAACAAGAAACCCACCAUCACUUCUCGGGAGAUCCAGACGGCCGUCAGACUCGUUCUUCCCGGUGAGUUGGCCAAACACGCUGUUUCUGAAGGCACCAAGGCGGUGACUAAGUUCACAAGUUCCUAAAUCGUGAAUGAGUCUUGAUGAAAUCCAAUAGGUUGAUUUAGGUGAAAGAAACUAUAAGAAAUUAGGGUUUGUAGCUCUGUUUUAAUUAUUACGAUGUGUUGGUGUAUUUGACAUCUUUUGGAUUUGUCAGGUUCUUAGCAUAUUUAGACGCUUUAGAUCUGUAAAUGCUUCUUUGUAUGUGCCGGUAAUGGAAGUGAUUUUGUUCAUCCA